ACACAGGGUCUGAAUAUGAAGAUUUGAUAUCACGCCAUGUUCAUGAACUGCAUAAUCACAUAUACAUAUAUACGUAUAUAUUAUCAUAAAGAAGUAAUUCAUGGAAGGAACAGUGGAUUGCAGUCAAAGUAGUGAAAGUUUGGCCGAGAUCAUGUUCAUCUCAUAUGAGGUAAAUUACACGUGAUGUAGCUUAAUGUUGUACUUUAUAAAGUAUCAUUCAAAUUCAUUUUACUUACUAGUCAUCAGUAUUUCAUAUUUAAUUCAUUCAGGCUGGGGUAUAUCCCCAAAAACUAAAGAGGAGUACAAAACUAAAUACAAACUGAGUACAAGCCAGGAUGAAGCUCAUCUGGCAACAGGUAAAAGCAACACACAUGGAGAAAACACACAGACUAAUUAACCAAUGAAACACAGGUGAACAGGGGAAAAAAGGCAGGAAAAACACAAAGACGAGAAGUGUAGAAUAACAACAAGAUAUAACCUACAUAAUAAAAAACCCUAACCACAACAACUAAAGGUUUAUAUGAGAAAGGAAAGUUGUGAUGAUUAGUUGAUUCAUCGAUUGAAAGAAAAUUGAUAAUCACCAAAUUCUUAAAGCUGAAAUGUCAAAUGUUUGCUGAAACAAGCCAUUACAAAAACAAUGUAUUGAUAAAAAGUGUGAUUAUAUUGUACAGUAUGUAGAAUAUAGCCUUCAAUCCCCUGCUAUAUGUACAAAUGAACACGUAUAUCACUGGGAAACAUGGACACAACGUGUGAAACACAAAGAAAGAAAGAAAGAACUUUGUGUUGAACUGUGCUGAAUUUAAGACAAGGUCCAAAUAAUUAGGAAUUUGUCAUAGACAGCAUUCCAUAAAGUUUAUAAAGUUUUGCUUAACUCAACUCAUAGAAUUGAAUGAUAUGACAAGGGAGUCUGGGGAACUUCCGUCCCUAUUCAUCUCCAUAUUGAACGUAGCUGAUGUGGCUCAGUGUCAACAUUUAAAUUGAUAAAUUCAUUUUAAUGCAUCCCGCAAAUAAAAUUCAUAACAUCACCUUCUUACCCGAAGGUAAAAGGGAGUGUGGAACAAGCUCCGUUGUUCUCAAAUCUUUUGUCUUUUUUUUAAAUUCUGCAGUCUAGUCCUUUAUCAGCCCACAUCCACCCAUUAAUAAAAGCCAAGAGUUACAUGGAGGUCAAUCAAUGAUGUUUGCACCGUGCUUGUUCUCCACUCAGCUGUUUUCAUAUCUCGCCGUCUGCAGCUCAUGACGCUGAUUCCUUCGGCUGCUCACAUCAGUUGUCCUGACCAACCAGGAAAUUAAUUUAGGCCGAAAUUGAGUCUACACCAAAGUGUCUUUCAUGUGUACUUUGAGCUUGUUAACUAGUGUUGACCUAAAACCUGCAGAGCUUUGACGUGAGUUCAAAGAGUCAAACAGACUUUGAUUCAAGUGCACAGGACAACUUUGCACCAAACCUCAAACAUGAUGCACCUGGCUGCAGAUUUGAGCACCUCAAAAAUCUCCAAAUGUCUUCUGACACCCCUUCCCGUUUUCCCUCUCACAGACAGUAACUUCCUGUUGGGUAAUGCCCAGGGCCACCGCGGCUACCCCAUUGUCUACUGCUCGGACGGCUUCUGUGAACUUACAGGCUUCACGAGGACAGAGGUGAUGCAGAAGAACUGCAGCUGCCGCUUCCUGUACGGUGCUGACACCAGCGAGCACGUGGCCCAGCAGAUGGAGAAGGCUCUGGAGAGCCGAGACGAGUACCAGGGCGAGGUCCACUUCUACAAGAAGAAUGGUGCUGCCUUCUGGUGUCUGUUAGACAUCGUGCCCAUAAAGAACGAGAAAGGCGAGAUGGUCCUCUUCCUCUUCUCAUUCAAGGACAUCACUGACACGUAUGGAAGGAGCCACCACAACAGCAAGAAGGACGGUUCAGAGGACAAGAGGCGCAGGAGGAAGAGCGGCACUCACUUCAGCGAGGCCAGGAAGCGCGGACGCACCAUGCUAUACCAUCUGACCAGCCAGUUCUCAAGGCGGGGCAAAAGAGAGGUCAACCUGGGCGGCGGCAUGAUAGACAAGCCUUCGAUGCCAGAGUACAAGGUGACGGGCGUGCAGAAGUCGCGCUUCAUCCUGCUCCACUACAGCGUGUCCAAAGCCCUGUGGGACUGGCUCAUCCUGCUGGCCACCUUCUACGUGGCUGUCACCGUGCCCUACAACGUCAGCUUCACGCCGCACAACGAUGAGCACGUCACAGCCGCACGCUCCACCAUCGUCAGCGACAUUGUAGUGGAAAUGCUCUUUAUCAUAGACAUUAUCCUGAACUUCCGCACCACCUAUGUGAGCCAGUCAGGGCAGGUGGUGUAUGAGUCGCGCUCCAUCUGCAUUCAUUACGCCACUACCUGGUUUUUUGUGGACCUGGUGGCUGCCCUGCCCUUUGACCUGCUGUAUGCCUUCAACAUCACAGUGACCUCCUUAGUCCACCUGCUCAAGACUGUACGCCUGCUGCGCCUCCUUCGCCUGCUUCAGAAGCUGGAUCGCUACUCCCAGUACAGUGCCAUGGUGCUCACCUUACUCAUGUCUGUGUUUGCCCUGCUGGCACACUGGAUGGCCUGCAUCUGGUACAUGAUUGGCCGCAAGGAGAUAGAGACCAAUGAGACCUGGGAAACUGGCUGGCUCCAUGAGCUGGGCAAACGUCUGGAGACGCCGUACAUCAACAGCACGGUGGGCGGCCCGACAGUGCGCAGCUCCUACAUCGCUGCCCUUUACUUUACCCUCAGCAGCCUGACCAGUGUGGGCUUUGGCAAUGUCUGUGCCAACACCGAUGCUGAGAAGAUCUUCUCCAUCUGCACCAUGCUUGUUGGCGCGCUGAUGCACGCCCUGGUCUUCGGUAACGUGACGGCCAUCAUCCAGCGCAUGUACUCACGGCGCUCUCUUUACCACACACGCAUGAAGGACCUGAAGGACUUCAUCCGUGUCCAUCGUCUGCCCCAGCAGCUCAAGCAACGCAUGCUGGAGUACUUCCAGACCACAUGGUCUGUCAACAAUGGUAUAGAUGCCAACGAGCUACUGCACGACUUCCCUGACGAGCUGCGGGCCGACAUCGCCAUGCAUCUGAAUAAGGACAUCCUCCAGCUGCCGGUCUUUAAGGGGGCCAGUCGUGGUUGCCUGCGCUCGCUCUCCCUCCAUAUAAAAACCUCUUUCUGCGUCCCUGGGGAGUACCUCAUCCGUCAGGGCGAUGCACUUCAUGCCAACUAUUUUGUCUGCUCCGGGUCUCUAGAGGUGCUUAAAGACAGCAUGGUGCUGGCAAUAUUAGGAAAAGGGGACCUGAUUGGGUCUGAUCUGCCUGGAACCGACCAGGUGAUCAAGACAAACGCUGAUGUGAAGGCGCUGACCUACUGUGACCUCCAGUAUAUCAGUGUGCGUGGCCUGAGAGAGGUGCUGGAACUCUACCCCGAGUACGCCAGUGUUUUUGCAUCCGACAUCCACAACAACCUCACCUACAACCUGCGAGAGGGCAGCCAGGAGGAGGGCUACAGCAGGUUCUCAAGGUCACCCAGGCUUUCCCAUGAGUCCAGACUCCCCUCCAUCGUGGAGACAAAGGGGGAUGACCAAGACGACUCCUUCCACCUGUCUCCAAACACCCGCUCCCGUCGCAACCUCCUGCUGCCCAGCUUCAGCAGCCCCGUUCGCCGCACCUCCCUGGGGAACCUCCUGGGGGACGAGCUGCGGCAGUUCAACGCCCUGCGGCGCUGCCGUUCGCCGAACCUCAGCCGUGGCUUCCUCGGGCAGAGCUUGUCCCCUCAGCCGCCAUCGAGAAGAGAGCACAGCACCCCUACUGCGACCCCAGCCUCGACUUCGGCCCAGGGAGAGUCAGGGGCCGAGCAGAAACCAACGAAGCUGCUCAUCCCAACAGUCACGUGCUUUGGACCCCCAGAUCUUAGUCCCAGGGUUGUAGACGGCAUCGAAGACAAUGGACACACGUUCCAUUUCAACGUGGAGCACAGCGGGCCCAAAGCCAGCACAGGAGGCAGCACCCAAGACUCCAGUCAGACUCAUGCCACUCUGCUGCUGGAGACAGAGGAGGUGAGACAGAGCAUCAGUCAACUCAACCAGAAGAUGGGCACAUUAAACCAGGAAGUAUCUGAGCUCACCAAAGGCCUGCACCACAUGAUGCACCUCCUCCAGGCCCACGUAUCUGUGCGUCACUACACCGCCUCCCUCCCCUCGUACCCGUAUGGCAUCCAAAUGGUGUCCAGCCCUCCCACGGCCCCCAACACUGGCAUGCCCUCUAACGUACCUUCAUCUUACCACCUCCACAACGAUCCUGCAAGCCACGAAGGCUACACCCACCAAAUCAUCGCGCCCGCAGGUCACUGGGGCUAUAGUGCAGCUGCUGAAACUCAAACAGAGACUCACCACCAGCCCAAAUCCUCAAGUCCACCUGCUAACCUCCCUAUAAACUCUGCAGCCAGGUCUGGCCCGUGUCACGGCUCCGAGAGCGUGAGCACACAUCUGUGGAGCAGCCCGGCUCUUCUGAGGGUCGGCCCAGGCCUACAGGGUGGAAGCUCAGGCCGUGCACCUCAUGCCGGGCAUGAGGACUCUGAAAACAGACCUCUCAGUGCGAGCCCGACCACCAUCAGCCAGUCCCAGCCCACAUUGUGCCUGCAGCCUCCCGGUGAUAGCGAUGAAUACUCUUGCCUUCUCUCCAGUGCCCCUACAGGGAUGUCCACACGCAGCCUGCUGGAUUCAUCCCCCAGUUCUUACCCCCAUCUCUGCCUGACCUCUGACUCCCAUCUCAACUUAGCCACACACGAGGACAUUUGUGGUCUGAUGUCUGCCCCAGCAUCUCACAGUCUGAUCCAGGACACCUCCAUCUUCCAAAUAGAGGACUCACGCCCCUCAAUCCACCCGGUGCCUGCCUCUCCACCCACAUUACCAGGCCAGUCUCUGAGAUCCUCACUGGAUUCGGGAUCACCGCGAUCGGAUGCUCCCGAGCCCCAGCUCCCCCUGGGCGACCCAUCUGCCAUAGAACACACCAGUCUGGAGUGCCUACUGGGGAACGGGGGCUCUACGGAGAGCAGGGACAGUGAAAGCGUGUCAUCGCGAAGGUCCAGCAUCGGCGUCCAGACUCAGAGCACAGAGCAGUCGUGGUGCCUGGACCUCACAGAUUAAACUGCUUUUUUAACAGCAGAACUACUGGAUCGAAAGACUGAACGAGAAAUUGGAAGUUAUGAACAUGCAACAAGUCCUGACAGUGUUUAAAGAGACUCUGCUGGAGAUUGUCAAUGUGCGCUGUAUUUCCCUCUCUGAACUCCUGGGCUCUCAUAUUUGUCAAACUCCACGCAACUUACACCAUUUCUAUGCAAACUACGCAUGUCAUUUGUGCAUUAUCUCAGCUUUACUGAAGUGUGUCUUUAAAGAAAAAAAAAAGAAGAAGCUCCACAGCAGUGGGUUCCAGUAUAUACUGUAUACUUUUUUCCAACAUCCUCAGAGCAAUUUGCAGUUGAUAAUACCUGUUACCUCCUUGCAUGGUAAAGUUUUUUAUUCUUUUUCCUAAGGAAAAGGUUUUCCAAAUCAAUGUGUAAGCAUUCUACAUGACAACCUGUUGAUUGUGCGCACAGAUGCUGUAUUUGUAAAUCAACACAGGUCACACAUGUCUCACCUUGCAUAUAGGGAGUAGAGUAUGUGCAUCACACAGCUUAGAUUGUUUAUUGUUCUACAUUGAAUGUUUUUCUCAGUUUCAACGAUUUGUAAUUUUAUUUGUGAGUUCUCGGUGUAAUGAACAUCUAAAAUCCAGACUCCGCUAAUGAGAACUCGGUACAUAAUUUAUGGUUUCAGUUUUAAUUCCAUCUCCAGUUUUAUGCUGUCGUAAAGGACCUUUAAGGAGAUUUGAAUAAAUUUCCUACCUGUCCUUCACCAAGGCAUUAAUGAUUGCGCUGUGAACUAGGUUUAAUUACUUGCUCCAUGAAAAAAAAAAGCCUGAAAAAUUCUUUCUCAAGGAUCUACAAUUCUAGAAGCCACGACAUAGCUGCUGAUAAACUAAAUAUAAAUAAAUACACAUAUUUAGAUGAAAAGUGGGUCCCAUAAACUAUUUAGCAGUGUAAUUAAUUUACAGAGUACGAAUGCCUCCUGGGAACAAAACAUUAACUCAUGAUACUCAUACAAUAUUCAGAGUAUUUAGGAACUUUAUUCUUUUUGAAUGAUUUCUCCUUGGCUGACAAAAUAAAGUAUGCAGAAAUGUG